CAAGCCCCCGCCUCGAUCCGACACCUGCACCUCUCCGCCAUGUCCGUGCUGCUCCGCUCCACCGCCAAUGCUGCGCGCAGCCAGCUGCUCAGGGCCGCGGCAUCACGGGGCUUUGCCGCCGCUGCGACUGCAACCGGCACGCCCAUCAUCAACUCGCACAACGAAUGGGACCCGCUGGAAGAGGUGAUCGUGGGCCGCGUGGAAGGCGCCACCAUCCCCGAGUGGCACGUGGCCGGCAAGGCCGUGUGGCCCAACAAGCACUGGGAUAUGUACAAGACCAAGGCCGGCCAGCCCUUCCCCAAGGAGCUCAUGGAGGGCGCUGCCAAGGAACUCGACUACCUGGCCAUGGUGCUCGAGGGCGAAGGAGUGAUCGUGCGCCGCCCCGAGGCGUCCGCGGACUACUUCAACGAACCGGUCACGACGCCGGACUUCACCAGCCGCUCGCAGCUGUACGCCGCCAUGCCGCGUGACGUGCUCAUCGUCUUCGGCAACGAGAUCGUCGAGGCGCCCAUGGCAUGGCGCUCGCGCUACUUCGAGUUCCGUCCGUACCGCAAGCUCAUCAAGGAGUAUUUCCAGAAGGGAGGCAAGUGGACGGCCGCGCCUAAGCCGCAGAUGAGCGACGAGCUGUACAACGAGGACUGGAAGGCCGAGAGUGGCGUGUUCAACUCGGUGGUGACGGAGUUCGAGCCCACAUUCGACGCCGCCGAGUUCACGCGCAUGGGGCGCGACAUCUUCACGCAGCAGAGCCAAGUGACCAACAAGUUCGGCAUCGAGUGGGUGCGCCGCCACCUUGGAGACGACUACAACAUUCACGUGCUAGACUUCCAGGACCGCAACGCCAUGCACAUCGACGGCACGUUCGUGCCGCUAAUGCCCGGCAAGCUGCUGGCGAACCCGUUCCGCCCGUGCAUCACCGGCCGACCGGUCAAGACGUACUCGUACAAGAACAAGGACUACGAGUACUGCCUGCCGGAGAUGUUCAAGGGCUGGGAAGUAUUCGUGGCACCCGAGCCGGAGCUGUCCAAGGACCACCCGCUGUUCUUCACGAGCCCGUGGACCGCGACGUGCAACGUGCUGGUGGUGCGCCCGGGCACCGUCGUCGUGGAGGCACACGAGAAGAAGGCGCAGCAGUGCUUCAAGGACUGGGGCUUCGAGGUCAUCCCCGUGCCGUUCCGCAACUUCAUGCCCUUCGGCGGCUCCUUCCACUGCGCCACCUGCGACGUGCGCCGCACCGGAACGCUGCAGUCCUACUUCGACUAGACCCGAGAAAGCGGGCCGGACGGAAGGCAAGUGGCAAGAUGAAGGAGAAGAUAAAGGCCGCGUUCAUGACGCGGUUGUGCUUAGCUCAUGCAUAUGAAAGAUUUCUCGUAAGGUAACUCGAGGGUUCAACU